UUCAGAGUAUAUAAUAUUUGUAUUAAGACGCGAAAAAAAUAUCGAGUUAUAGAGGGUUAACAAUGUAGAUGGUAGACGUUACUUUAUAAAAGGACUUCCCGUUCUGUUGUUAAAUCCGUCCACUUUUGUCACAAUCGAGAGAUAAAGGAGCAAUCAACGUAGAACGUCCAGAAUAUUAAUUCGAAAAGAAGUCUCAAUGUCGAGUUUAAAUACAUCAUUAAAGAAAGCAACGUCGUCGUAGUUUCACACGAUGCUUUCAUUCGUUUAUAAUUUGUCAAUGAGCUUAGUCCAGGUAAAAGGUUAAUUAAUUUUCAUCAACGUUCCAACGAUUUCUCGACCGUUAAAAUUUAUUUUAAGUAUGUUCGAUGGUAUAAUUAUUACUUCCUACUUUGGGACGGAAUAAGUAGCGGAAGUAAUGGGAAAAAGUUAAAGGAUUCGAUUAUUUUCUUUGAUAGAGAAAGGUAGUACUACGUUUGUAAAAACCUAAUUAUACGGUACUCUUGUCUAGAUAAUGACAGCCUUUCUAUUUUGAUUCUUGCAAUUCUAUGACCGAUAGCCAAACUCGCGUACACUUAUACUAGAUUCACAUUCUAAGUGAAUCGAGGAGGGGAAAUAGAUAGAUAGAUAGAUAGAUAGAUAGAUGCAUAUGUAGAGAGAGAAGGAGAGAGACAGAGGGAGAGAGAGUAAGAGAGAGAGAGAAAAAUGUAAAGAGCGAGGAAAGAGGAAGGAAAUAACGAUAGUCAGGGUAGUAUUAUCCUGCAAGCUCAAUCGAAGCAGUUAAGUUUCAUUCGAAACGUGAUUCUUAGUGUUCGUCGUCGUCGUCGUCGUCGUCGUCGACGACGACCAACGACGACUCUGAUCCCAACGAUCCAUCUAUUCCUGGCAGUGUUGAGCUCGCCUUCGCCAAGUCCCUGUCUUCUCUUCUUCUCGCGAACGUUAUCCUGAUCUAUCUCUCUUUUUUUAUCUCUCAUAGUGAUAGUGUUUGAUUGUUCUUCUUUUCUCACUUUUCGUUUUUUUGUUUUGUUUUUUUUUUUUUCUUCAAUUCACGAUACAGUGUAUCCGAGUUAAAUCGACGGAGUGUACGAGUUUCAUGCAAUUUGUGAUUUUACUUUAGACAUCGAUGUUACUAUAGAUCGAUUGAUCAUAGAUCCAGUUUGUUCCGUGAAAAGUUUGUUAAAGAAAAUUUUUCGAUUUGAUUCGAUUUAAAGAAAAGUGUUACGUGUUAGAAGAGACAUGAAUGUUGCCUCUGUACUGAAGGAUCUUUGAAACGAGAGAUCUUCAUCGUUGAAACGAAUGCCAAUGUUCAACGACGAUCUGAUCUCUUAAGGCUAAUUGUGAAUCGUCUAUAAAUAAGUGUAGUGACAGUGCAAAACAUUUAUUUCUAUAUAGUUCGAUGAGGGUCCAUUUCAUUAUCGUUUUAUAUUAAAACAAAGGUGAAGUGUCAACGAAUAUAACGACGCUGUUGUUUUUUUUAUUUGUGAUAAUGAUAUUUGCGUGAACGACAAAAUGGUUAGCACUAGUUCGCCCGGUGGGGCGAGCAUUUAUGAUCGCAAAAGAAAUAAUUUUCGUGGAAUACCAAAAGCAGAAGUUGAAAGAAGAACUAAUGUUCUUUUGCGAGCAAUGACGAUCGAGGAACUUUAUACUGCCCUUGUGUAUAUGACACAACAUCAAAUCGGCUACGACGUUUCUAACGAGUGUGCACAAGAAGCUCUGUUAAAUCAUCUGCAAAAUGCAUUCAAGAUCGACAAUGAAACUCAUGAGAGAAUUUUGGAAGAAACGCAAAACAUGGAGGCUCCAGAAAUGCAUCUCAAUGUAGAAGUGAUAGAAGCCAAGGAAUUGGUAUCCAAAGAUGCUAAUGGAAAAAGUGAUCCGUUUUGCGCUCUUUAUCUCGAAUCAGCUCCUACUAGGAGAUACAACACGGCUGUAAAAACGUCCACCCUUAGUCCAAUAUGGGAAGAACAUUUUGAAUUACCUUUAGAGGAUCCAGAAAACGAUGUUCUAUCCCUGGAAGUUUGGGAUUUCGAUGCAGCUGAAACUGUGCCUGAGAAAAUAAGUAAAGUUAAAGAUAUUAAAGGUGUUCGUGGUCUCGUGAAACUUGCCAAGGAAAUCGCCGUAACAGCCACCACUGGUAGUCAUGAUAAUGAAUUUAUUGGACGUUGUCGAAUACCUUUAAAGGAUAUUCCAACGACUGGACACAUGAUGUGGUAUCCUUUGGAGAAAAAAAAUAAAUCCAAAAGACGAGGAGUCGUUAAAUUAAAAUUGGCUUUUAGCGCGGAACAUAAUGCGCAAGUUGCUGCUCAGGAACACAGACAUUUACUCAGAGUUUUGUUGCUAUACGAACUUGAGACUGAAAAAGUCGAAAAAUAUUGUUGGUGUGGUCGAUGGUCAGGUCCUGCAGAAGCUUUGAUCCUCCAACAUAGUGCACAACGUGGUCUUUUAGCUAGAAACAUUGCUCUAGCACAAUGGAUCGAAUAUGCUAGAAUUCAUCAAGAACAUCCACUUAAUUUUAUGGUUUUUAAUAAAUUGAUAGUCGAUUUAUUAAGACCUAUGGAUAAUGGAUUAUUUUCUACGGAUGAAACUAAACUAUUUUGGGAUGCAACAAGGAAAUUAUUGUAUUCUUGUUUAAACAGUAUAAGGAAAAUAAGGAGAUUAGUUUUAGGAGAUAAAAAUGCCAUAACACAGUUAUCAGCUAUUUUAGGAAUAUUAUCGUCUAUUGCCACUCUAAAAAUUCCUGAAGAUUUUGAUCUAUUUCUUGCAAAGAUGUAUCCUUGGUUUCCAGAACCAGAUGGUACGAAAUUGGAUGUUAUUCAAGGUUUAGAGAACACAGUUAUACAAGGCGGUGUCGAAUGGUUUGAACACAUAGCAAGUAAUACUACUCCGGAAACUAAAUCGGACGAAGAUGCAUUAAGAUAUCAAAUUAAAGUAAUCCAGUUAAUCAGAGCGGAUUUACAAAGAUCUAUAGAUUAUUACGACAAGCUGUUCAUCAAAAAAAUUAAUUUCCCUUAUGCAAGAACGUUAUACAUUAUGUAUGAAAAAAAAAUAAGUGACAUGUGCAUGGAGGCUGUGGAAGAUGUAUGUGCAAGGUUAAAACGUAUAGAAGUCGAUAGUAAUAAUGAUUCUGAGCUAACUCUUGGUACAACUUUGUUCGAACUCUAUCUCACGCUUCAACGAUAUGCUAUGCUGGGCCAUAUAGUCUGCGCAGAAGGACAAUUGGAAUCAAUGAAAAUACAAAAUUAUCACGACUGGUUUAGAGCUGGUGUAGCACAUUGGUUGGAUAUUGCAGUAUACAAGGCUAUAAAACGAAUCGAUAGAGCUGUUGAGUUUGAUACAUUACAGGCUAUUGAUAAUACUGUGAAAUACACAUCCAGUGCAGUUGAUACAUUGACGAUUUUUUAUCAAAUCAAAGUUUUCUGGACACAACUGGCAUGGCCUGAUGUUGAAGGAUCUUAUACGUUUGUCACUAAAAUUAUAGACGAUAUUUGUAAAUGUUCCAUUGCAUACGCUGAUAAAAUGGCUACGAAGGCAGAGACUACAACAGAUUUAGAACAACUUACCGAAAGUAGCGUCUAUGAGAAAAAAUUCUUGGUAUCUAAUGCUUGGUGCUUUGCUAUUAAUAAUAUCGAUUAUAUCAGAACAUCGAUCGGUCCAUUGGCCAAUGAUUUAGGCCUUCAAGGUAUCGUCGAUGCUUUAGGAGAAAACAAAACUGAAGAAGAGGCUGAUCGUUGCAAACAAACACUUCAGUUAAUCAUUGCUAAUGCGGCAGACACUGUGAAAAAUAAAAUUAUUGAAUUGUUAGAAGUUGUUUCCCACAAAAUGGCACCUGCUAUGAAAAGGUAUCUAAUGGAAGGUGCAGAAUUAAUAGAUACUACUAGUAAUGCGAUGGAUCGACUUUUGCAAUAUCUUGAUUCAAAUUUAACUAUAUUACACGAUAAUCUUAGCCAGGAUAACUUUGAAAGAGUUCUCCUAGUGAUUUGGGAGAUAAUGUCUGAAACACUUUAUCAAUUAGUUCAUAGUAAUCUAGAAAAAAGAAGACCACCUUCAUUCUACUCUAAUCUACAUCGGACACUUCAUACACUCAUUAGAUUUUUCAAUCUUGGUGCAGAUGAGACGUCGAACGUGCAGGUUUUAGAGAAGAUUGAAGAACUUUUGAAACUUCAUGGUUUGGAAACAGCUGAGCUUAUUCAUCGAUAUAAUCAAGAUCGAUUGAAAGAACAGAAAGAGAUGGAAGAAACUAUCUACGGUCUUCUCACUGUUAAAGCUUGCUUCCUGAACAAUUCAUUGAACAUUCAAGUUCUCAAUGCCAGAAAUCUACGACCGAUGGAUAGUAAUGGAGAUUUUAUAGGCAAGCUGUCUACUCUCGAGCGUAAACUGCACUCUAAAUCUAAACAAAGACUGAAAGAAGGGAAGAAAAGCAAAUGUGAUUCUUACGUAAAAAUAAGAUUGUUGCCGGAAGAAAAAUUUACUGAUAACAAGACACCAAAGACACACGUACAAAAGGAAACUUUGUUUCCUCUUUUCGAUGAAACUUUUAACAUUCCUCUUACCGAAGAACAACGAGUUAUAGAGGAUGCCAUAGUGGCUUUUGAAAUAAAAGACAAAGAUUUCUUACGAACUAGAUUUAUGGCUGAAGCCUUUUUAUCAUUCCGUGAAAUUCCAGAAGUGGGACCAGAAAAAGGAAUGGAAUUAAUGGAACAAAUUCAUUUGAAACUUUCACGGCCAACUAACAAAAGUACGGACGUAAUUCGAGCCUUGGAACAUAGGAAAGGAGACAACCAAGCAAUGGAUUUCAUAUCUAAGAUGCAUAAUAAAUCCAAUACAAAAUAAUAGAAAUAUAUUAAUAUAAAAAGCUAUAUCGAAUAAUGUUCAUAAAUAUAGCUAUCAUCACUCAUUGCCUUACACUAGUGUUAUUUUUAAAGAAUUUUAAUAUUCAAGAAAAACAAAAAAAAAGAGAUUUCUCUCGCAUAAAUAUAAAUAAUAUUUAAAUUUCAUAAUGAAACAUUUUUGUAAAAAAAAUAUGUUAGGCUGUAUAUGUGCAACAUUUUUAUACUUUCCCAUAAUAUUUUUAAAUUAUCGCAUUUCAUAAUGUUAAGGAACUUAAAAGGCUGAAUAAGUGUUACUUAUAUUCAGUACGUGUAUUUUCAUGAGAUGCAAACGUUUUGUUUAACAAGAUAUAUUAUCUAUAGAAUGUCAUUUGGAGAGGACAAUAUAGAUUUAGCAAAAAUAAUUUUACAUCGAAUACAUGUACAUAGAUAGAGACGUGUCAAAUUAUUAAAUGUAAAUACGUAUAGCAGCAUUAUUGUAAUUGGUAGCAAUUUUGUAAUCCACUUAUAUAAAAGAAAUUUGUAAGAAUUUAUAUAUAUAUAUAUAUAUAUAUAUAUAUAUAUAUAUAUAUACAUAUAUGAUUUAAAUAAUUAAUUUAACUAUAGUGUUAUUACAAAAAUAUGCAAAAUAUGCAAAAGUAAGAAUUUAAUCAAAGAAUAUGAUUUCGAUUAAUUAAAUUAAGCGUUUGACUGCCUUU